AUGCAUGCCUUGUGGGUCUCCUUGAAGGAUAAUGUCAAAUGUGGAAACAAGCUCACUGAUGUAGUAAGGCAGCAACCAAAAUGCAACAAAGGAAGUAACUAUGUUUCAGAAAAGGAGAAAAUGAACAGAUAUAAUAGUCCUCCAAUGGAAACUACAACUAGACUGUUAGUUUCAAGACCAAGCAACACACUGGUACGGCUUCAUGAGCUAAGUGUGGCAGACCCAUCAAGGAAAAUUGUUGAGAUGAUCUUUCAGAAAGCCUGGUUGAACAACUCAAAGCCACUAAGGAAGGUUAGAACAGUGCUUAGGGUAAGCUACUCAGCAGAAGUCCUUGAAAGGUUUGAAGAGUACAGGGAAAAUGUGAAGAAAAAUGCUUGUGAGCAAUAUCCAAGGCAUCCGAGGAGCACAGUAGAUGGUAAUGAAUUGUUGCGGUUCUAUGGAACUACAAUGAGAUGUUUCCAAAGGAAAUCUACGAAGAAAGUUUAUGAUCCCUGUAAAGAUCCAUCUUGUUGUCUUUGCCAAAUAAUUCAAUUUAAUUUACACACACAAUAUCCCAAGGUUCAUUUGAAUACAAGUGACAGAGAGUUGAGCAACAGGAGAACUGCCACUGCAAGAGUACAUAAUGUGAAAAGAUCUGCAAUAAUUUGCCGGAUAAUUGCUGGAACUGCGGUAAAUGAAGUCUAUGGUGAAGGGUCUGACUCAAGCGGGUUAGGAGAAAUGCAGUUUAGUUUAGAAGAAUUUGUUGUAAAAAAUCCCAGUUCUAUUCUUCCUUGUUUUGUAAUAAUAUUCAGCUGA